AAAAAUUAAAAAAUUAUGGGGCUAAAGAUUGUUCCGAAAAUAGCGACUGGAUUUUGUUGAAUGAAAAUUUGGUAAUUUACCAGAGCCAAAUUGAUUAUUUAAAAUCCAGACUAGUUGCUUCCAGCCAAGAGGAAGAUAAAAUUGUUACUUACCGUUUAUUAGAAACUGGUGAGGAAAUAACCAUUCGGUUAACCAGCGGAGAGACCAAUCCCGAGCAAGGCCAAAUCUCUCGCACUUGCCCUCUCGGAAUGGCUCUCGAUAAGAAAAAAGUUGGUGAAAUAGCCGAAGUUAAAACCAGCCAAAAAGAAUACAAAAUACAAAUAGUUGCUAUUAAAGAAGCCUAA